AUGGCCAAAAGAGGACUCUUGACCCGUCCACGCACAAUUACCGGGAAAAAAACCACCCCAAAGGGUUUAAAACCACAACAAGCACGUCAACUUAUAAGAAGGUUCCAUGUACUUCAAAAAAAUAAAACAAGAAUAAUAUCCAAAAUCAACCAACAAUGGCCACACAAAUCCACUCCUGAGGGCCCUGAAGGACCAAUGAACCUAGAUGAAUCCAACUACAAAUCUGUGAUUUUAGAAAAAUUCUCAGGAAUUUACCCACACAAAGAUUUCCGUCUAAAUGAUCAAAAGAAGAAUCUUGAAACAAUCUUGAAACUUGACCAGAAAAUAUCUUUACAAGAUCUUGUUAAGGAGUUGGCCAAGAUAGAUGCCGAAAUAGAGUACCGCGGUGGUUUGAAGGCAUACCAGUCGGCAUCUACACAGGGCCAAAACAAUAACCGAGGUGGUGAUUCUUCCAAAAAGCUCAUUGAAUGGAUAACUGCCCACGCUCCUUAUGAGAAAUUUCUUAAAAACAAUAAAUCCGAGCCUCUUAAUGCAUUGGAAAUAGGAUGUUUAGACCCCAACAACGUGAUAUCCACCUGUGGGAUCUUCCAACUGGUAGCCAAGAUCGACCUCAACUCUCAAUCUCCACACAUUUUGGAGCAAGAUUUUAUGAAAAGACCACUUCCCGAAAAUUAUCAACAACGGUUUAAUCUCAUCUCAUGUCUGUUGGUGCUCAAUUUCGUGCCGACCCCGAAGGAAAGAGGUGAAAUGCUUCUUAGAAUCACCCAGUUUCUCAAACCACCCACCAAGAAGAAGCCCUCCAUGAGCAGUUUCUUCUUUGUGUUGCCAUUGCCAUGCUUACAAAACUCUCGGUACAUGGACUUAGACAGGUUUGAAAGCAUGAUGAGUGACUUGGGGUUCAGCAAGGUGUUCAGGCACGAGUCAAGUAAGAUCGUGUACUACUUAUUCGACUGGUCCGGGAAGGUCAAGCAGGUGAAAUAUCCCAAGAAGGAAUUGCAUUCUGGAGGUAGUAGAAAUAAUUUUUGUAUAGUAAUAGAGUAG